AUGUCAAGAAACAUCUCCUACGGCCGCGGAGGCGCAGGCAACAUAACCCGGCAACAGAGCGCGCCCACACCCAAAGACCUCGUCACACCAACAAUCAAACAAGAAGUCUUCACAACAGGCCGCGGCGGCUCAGGAAAUAUGAUGCACAACGAUCCCGAGCGACCACAAAUUGCGCGCGAGUCGCAAGACGUCGAGUCGCCGCCCCUGCGCGCCCAGCAGAUCCCCCACCACACAGGCCGAGGUGGCGCGGCGAACGCUUACAUCCCUACGCCUGAAGAGGAAGAGCGCGAGAAGAAGAUCCACGAGCAGGAGGCGGAGCUUAUUCGUGUUCGCACGCAGUCUAAGGAUCGUGUGAAGGAGAUUGAACAGGAGAGGCAGGAGUUGCGGAAGGAGACGCCUUCUUCUUCUUAG